GCAUCAAUUCAACAACCAAUCCCGCGGUCUCCCCCCUGCCAAAAUAAAUCAGUGGGCUCGUCCAGCAGGACGGCUGGAAAGAGGGCAGAAUUUAUCGUGCGACGGAUUGUACCGGAUGAGGUCGUACCGACUUCUUGCUCUGCGAGAUCAAAAGAUCGGGGUUCGCCAUUGGCCCGCGUAAUCACUUUGAUUAACCCAUCCCUGCGGACACACAACCGUCUGGCGGCCUCUCGAACGGAGUAAACUGUGGAGAAAGAGCCGUCCCCUCUCCUACAAGGAUUCCCGGAGCUACAUCCUAAAUUUUCGACAAGCCGCGCGCGUGUCUGUGUGUGUCGUGUGGCCGACCGACUCCUCAGCUAACAUCUGGCAGAGCAGACAAUGGAAUUUCUCCGAACCUGCGCCAUUUUGAUGACCUUCCUCCUGGGUUUGAAGGUGAAAUGUACUGAAGGAUGGUGGUUCUGUGGGACCAUGCGGCCGGGACACGAGCACACCAUCAAGCAGGGCACUGGCGACUACGCCAUCACCCUAAACGCCGCCGUCACCAGGAAAGGCCUGCCGCUCCGCGUCAAAGUCACCCUGAAGGGCGGACCGCCGUUCAUCGGCUUCAUCCUCCAGGCCCGUACGGUACAAGAAGAUCGGAUCGUCGAGGGCUGGUGGUACAACCGCCCGCCGGGAACCAAGGCGCUGGACUGCAGCGAGGUGCGGGGGAUCUGGAACAAGCCCGUGGUGAGCGAGGCGUUUCUGGACGAGAGUAAGACCUUCACGCGGGUGACGUUUCUCUGGGAGGCCACGAGGUGCAACAUCGGGCCGGUGUACUUCCGCGCCACGGUGCUGCAGGACUACCGCGCCGUGUACGAGAACAUCACGUCCAGACCGCUGGACGAGGUCUGCGGGGACCCCCCGCCCUACCCCCCGAGGGUACCGGCCCCACCCCCCACUACCACCCCCACCCCGACAACAACACCCGACAAGAAGACCACGCCUGGCUGGAGACCCAUCCCCACCGCCUCUACCACCCUCCCCACUCCUACCCCCAAUCCCACCCCUACUACCACCACCCUCCUUACGGAGACCUCCACCCUCCCCACCCCUGCAAUUUCUCAAGAUCUCCGCGCGACGACAGAGUCUGAGGGGAGCGGCGGAGGAGACGUCUUGAGUUUCACCGAGCUGACGACGAGCCCCGGUUUCACCACUUUCACUCCAGGAAGUGGAAGGUCUGGCCGCCACAUUCCUGGUCUUAUCAUCAGGCCUGUAGCAAAACCUGGGCGUUUACCACCAAUACCAAUACUACCACAGAGAUUGCCUAGAGAUCUGCGCAAGCGCUCUGUGGCCGGACCGAUGUUCGAGGACGUGACCUCACUGACCCUUGACCCCGCGGACGGAUCCAACCCGAGCCAGCGGUACUACGGCAUGACUGUCACUGACGUCAACAGGGACGGCAAAAUGGAGAUUUUCGUCGUCAGCUAUGGCAGCCCAAAUCUCGUCCUCAAAUGGAAUCCCGAGACGAGACGGUACGAGAACAUCGCAGUGAACAACCCAGAAUCCCCUUACUACUUCCUGCGUGACCCGGAAGGAAAUGGCAUCAGUGUGGCCGCUUGUGACAUUGACGGAGAUGGUUGGGAAGAGAUCUACAUCGUCAACACUCAGUCCAACAGCGUGGAGGACAGCGACCUGGCGCAGGCCGACCGACUCUACCACUUCCACCAGGGGAGGUACAGGGACGUCCUGAGGGAGGAGUACAACCUGGGGCUCGGGCAGACCCUGUCCGGAAAGUCCGUGGCCUGUAUAGACAGAACGGGUUCCGGCCGGUACUCGUUCUUCGUGACGUCAGACGGCUGGAGCGGCGCGUCACACAAGAUGAUAGAGAUGGACAUGGACGACAGUGACGUCACCGCCGGACGCAUCAAACUCAGUGACGUAGCGGGAGAAGUCGGCGUCAACUUCUUCGCAGGGGGGUUCGGUGUGGCGGUGGGACCGAUCGUCAGCGACACCGGUAUGUCCGACAUCUUCGUCGCCACUGACGGCAAGUCCCCCAACCUGCUCCUCAAGAACAGGGGAGACGGCACCUUCGAGGAGGUGGCGGAACCUUCAGGUAUACUGGACGCAAGGCUCCAUGACGACCACUGGCAUUCCAGAAAGAGCCGCGGGGUGGCGCUCGCGGACUUUAACGCGGACGGAACGCUUGACAUCGUCUACGGGAACUGGAUGGGUCCUCACCGGCUGUGGGUGCAGACACGGGCACAGGACGGCAGACACAUUUUCAAGAACGUUGCAGGGAAGAACUUCCAGCGCCCGUCUCCGGUCAUGUCCGUGUUCGCCGCAGACUUCGACAACGACGGCGCCACGGAGGUGUUCUUCCAGAACGUCGUCAACUGGAUCGCCGGGAGGAUAGCGCCCAACACGCUGUACAGAGUGCGCCAGAGGGAUGCCGGGAAGGUGCCCGUGUUUGACCAGUUGGAUGCCGGAGACGCAGUGGAGGCGGGAAGAUACGGGACAGGCGGUGUGACAGCUGACCUUGACCAUGACGGACAGCUGGAGCUGCUGCUGUCUCACGGCCCUGACCUCCCGGACACGCUGUCCGUCCACAGGCCGCGGCUCGGCAAGCAGAACAACUGGAUCAGGGUCCUGCCGAAAACUAGACACGGUGCGCCUGCCCGAGGAGCUCGUGUCGUCAUCAGAACUUCCGGCGGCGCCUCGCAGGUCCGCGUGGUGGAUGCCGGGACGGGCUACCUGUCCCAGGCCGAGCCGAUCGCGCACUUCGGGCUGGGCUCGGGAAUCCUCGCCACCGAACUGGUAGUCACGUGGCCGAACGGACGAAAAGCCGGGAAGGCGCUGUCCCCCGCCGACAACAACAAGGCGAUCGUGGUGGAGUAUCCGUACGGAUACCUGGAGGACGAUCCGGAGCUCUUCCCGCUAGACAGCCCGACCGGAAGUGUGGACGGAAGUGUGGACAACUCGGUUGCAGGUGCUGGAACGCCAGAGAGCAACGUCAUCAACGAAAACGUCACGGCCCCGGCGCCAACCACGCUGUCACCGGGGAAUUACGUCAUUACGGAAAACGUGACGCCGUUGUCAGAAGGUGACGUCGUCACGGAAAUCGAGAACAACGUCUUCAACCAAACCGUCGCGGUUACAGCGCCUACGACGCAUGCUCAGGGCAUUCUAACCACGGCGACGUUCACAACAACGACGGCGAUGCCAGCGACAUCAACAGCGACCCCUACCGUUUCGACGCAAAAAGUGCAGAAUCUCACGACUGCCAAACCAGAAAUACCCACAACAAAGUCACGGUCUCCAACGCUAGAAGAGAUCGAGGUUAUCGGCCUGCAGUUGCCGCGGUGCGAGCGGAUCCAGGCCACGUGUGACGCGCCGGAACUGCCGAACGGACGCUGGGAAGUAAGCAGAGCCGCCUUCCCCCUGACCUUGGAGGGGGAAACACGCGACUCCAACGGGCUCACAGAUGCCGCGGAAGAGCGUUUUCAGUUCCUGGACAUGUUGACUUUCUCGUGUAAGGAGGGUUACCAGCUGAAGGGCGAGAAAAUGGCGUUUUGCGGCAAGAACGGGGAGUGGCAAGUCCUGAGCAGGAACCCCGAGUUGCCGACCUGCGUCCCGUUCACCACAGACGUAAGUGGUAGCGAGGACACGUGUGUCGACGUCUACACGGGAUGCAGGAAUUUCGUCACGUUCUGUUCCCUUGGCAACCUGUACCUCAGAACCAACUGCAGACGGACGUGCGGCUUCUGUUAGAACCGACGCGGGGCGAUCUCAUUGGUCCGCGCGUUGUUACGUCGCGUUCUCAAUGGAUUUCAUUGGUCCACCCUUUGUUACGUCUUGUUCGAGCGAUUUCAUUGGUCCACACGUUGUUACGUCAUGCUUUAGGGUCAUCAUCGCAUUUACGCUUUGCCAUUUCAGUAUGUUUAAAAAAAUAAUACCAAAAUGUCAUAGAAUCAAGUUUCAUUAUAACGGUGACGUGACAAUGACGAGAACCAAUGAGACUGCUCCAUUAUUUUUGUCAUUAUAUGAUUGGGUCUACUUUGUAAAAAUGUGGUAUUUAUGUAUCUACAGUAAGUCGAAGUAAUAGUAAGAUUUCACUAAUGACUACAAUAUAGCUUUUUUUCAAAAUACGCAAUGCUAAUACUUUUCAGAAGAAAAAAAAGAGAAGAUGCGAGUUUGAUGUCUUGCUAUAUUACAGACGACAAGACAAUUGUAAUAUUUGUAUUAUAAAGUUUCCUCGUAGAUGAAAGGAAUGUACUAGUAGUUUAGGCAACUGGGUUACAAAAUUACCAUUACAAGGAGGUAUAUGUUGAAUAUGACAGAACGAGAGGGUAGAAUUGAUUGUGUCAUUGUAUAGUAGUCUUAGCUAAGCAUUCUGAAUGUUUAGUACUUUGUUUUUGUCUUACAAUGUGUUAAAUAAACCAAACAUCGAAAUAUAUUCUAAAAAUUGCGUUUUUCAACACAACGAAAACAUCAGUAUGACUACUUAGCCUUUUACACUAAUUUGUAGAGUUAGAACAUUACAGCUAUAGAAUUAUCAUCCACAGAAAUAACAGUUUAUGCUUCCCGGCGUUGUUUGCUCGAGUUAAGUUGUUCUUAGUGUAUAAAUUGUAAUGUUUGUGUUGAAUAAAGACUUGUAGUCAUAUACAUGUA